AUGACUCAAAAACCAUUUCUCACAACCAUUGCCCAAAAAUGCAACACCCUUACCCAACUCAAACAAUUACACGCCCAUAUCCUCCGAUGUCGUAUCCAUCACUCUCCCUACGCCCUCGCCCCACUCCUAUCCGUUGCAGCAACCUCCUUUUACUCUUACGCUCGGUCCAUUUUCAUCCACCUCCCUCACCGCAACACUUUCAUCCACAACACCAUGAUCAGAGCCUACCUUCUUAAUCAUUCUCCCGCAACCGCACUUUCAUGCUACUUAACAAUGUUGCAAAACGGUAUUCCCGUUAACAAUUAUACAUUUCCACCUUUGAUCAAAUCCUGCACUGCACUUAUUUCUUCCUCACAUUCUGCUUCCACUCUUAUGAUCGGUCGUUUGGUGCAUUCUCAUGUCCUUCAAUUUGGGUUCACCCAUGACCCUUAUGUCAUCAGUGCGUUUAUUGAGUUUUAUUCUGCUUCACGUGACGUGCAUAAGGCCAGGGUGUUAUUCAAUGAAACAAAGAAGAAAGAUGUUGUUUUGUGGACGGCCAUGAUUGAUGGUUAUGGAAAAAUAGGGGAUGUUGAAAGUGCAAGACAGUUGUUUGAUGAAAUGCCUGACAGAAAUGUUGUGUCGUGGAGUGCAAUGAUGGCAGCUUAUUCUCGGGUGAAUGACUUUAAGGAAGUGCUGGCUUUGUUUUUAGAGAUGCAGAAUGAAGGCGUGAAGCCGAAUGCUUCUAUACUUGUUACUGUGCUUACGGCAUGUGCACACUUGGGUGCACUUACUCAGGGAAUGUGGGUACAUUCCUAUGCCAGGCGAUUCGAGAGGAUAAGCUCGAAUCCCAUCCUUGCAACAGCUUUGAUUGACAUGUAUUCGAAAUGUGGAUGUCUGGAAUCGGCUUUAGCUGUUUUUGAUGGUAUUUCUGAUAAGGAUGUUGGAGCUUGGAAUGCAAUGAUUUCUGGUCUGGCUUUGAAUGGUGAUGCCGGGAAAUCGUUGAAGUUGUUUCAACAAAUGGUUGUUUGUGGAAGUCGCCCUAAUGAGACUACCUUUGUGGCUAUCCUUACUGCUUGUACGCACGCAAGGAUGGUUCAGGAAGGUCUUCAGUUAUUUGAAGAGAUGAGUGGAACAUACAGAGUUGAGCCGUGUGCGGAGCAUUAUGCAUGUGUUGUGGACCUUUUGUCUAGGGCUGGCAUGGUAGUGGAAGCCGAGAGGUUUAUUGAGGAGAAGAUGGGUGGAUUUGCAGCUGGCGAUGCUAAUGUGUGGGGUGCUAUACUGAAUGCGUGUAGAAUUCAUAAGAAUAUUAAUGUUGGGAACAGAGUGUGGAAAAAGCUGACUGAUAUGGGAAUAGCUGAUUGUGGUACUCAUGUUCUUACAUAUAACAUAUAUAGAGAAGCUGGAUGGGAUGCAGAGGCAAACAGAGUUAGGAGUAUGAUUUCAGAAGCAGGGAUGAAGAAGAAGCCUGGAUGCAGCAUUAUAGAGGUGGGAAAUGAAGUUGAAGAGUUUCUUGCUGGUGACCAGUCUCAUCCACAAGCACUGGAAAUGUGCAGGCUGCUUGAUUCAAUUCUCAAGAUGGACAAUUUAGAGCACAUCUAG